UGACGAAGCGUCUCAAGAAGCGGUGAUGGCCAAGAAGAACGCGUCCAAGGAAGGGAUCCGCCUCGCCGAGGAGGGUGACUGGGCGCAGCUGCUCACAUGCCUCCUCGCCAAGCCCGCGAUCGCCCAGCAGCGCGACCACUAUGGCAUGCUGCCGCUGCACUGGGCGUGCACCGAGAACGAUGUGCCCAUCAACGUCCUCCUCGCGCUCAUCGAAGCGUACCCGGACGCGGCCAUGGCCAAGAAUGACGCGCAGAUGCUGCCGCUGCACGUCGCCAUUCGCUCGAACGUCGGGCCCAGCGCGCUGUCGAUUCUAUGCGCCGCGUCGCCCGACUCGAUCUGGACCAAGCUGCCCGAUGGUCUUCGCCCACUCGCGAUGGCCACGAUGAGCGGCCUCGACCAAGAGUCGCUUGGCGUCCUCCAAAAAGCCGAAGAGCAGUAUCGCUGGACGCACCCAGAGGUCCAAGACGACGACGACGACGAGGCGCAGUACGAAGAGACGAAGCGGGACCUCCUUCGCCAGUCGCAGCUCAUGCGCGACAGCUUGCGGGAUAGCCAGCUCUUCAAUUCGAUCGUGCUGGACCACAAGCACAGCUGUGAGAGCAGUCCCAUGGGCAUUGAAGAGGUCGAGGAAGAAUCCUCGUCCACCGAACUCGCCGACGUCACCAAGCGCACGUCGUCGGCGUCGUCGGCGUCAUCCGCUCGCCAUAGCAGCGGCGGCUGCCACGUGUGCCACAAGUCCUUCUCGGUGUUUCGCAAAAAAUACGUGUGCUGCAGCUGCCACGUCUGCAUCUGCAAGCACCACAUUAUGGGCCGCCGCCACGGGUCCGAGUCGAGCAAGGCAGUGCUCUGCGCCGACUGCGUCGCGAAGGACCAGCCGCAGGCCGAGCCAACGCCCGAGCGCCGCCUCCAGCACCAGCGCAGUAGCACCUUUCUCUCGUCACCGGACGCCGCGACGACACCGCCCAAGCCGCGCAACUACUCGUCCGAGACGCCGCCACCGUCCCUGCGGCGCCGCAGUGCCAGCUCCCGAGGCGAAAUGGAAGCGAUGGACAAGGACAUUCUCAUGCGGCGCAUCAUUGGCGCACGCGGCAGCGGCAGCGACACGGCCAGCUGCACGGGCAGCGAGCAGGAACCGUCGGACGUCUCGGCGCUCUCGCUGCAAGUGCGGCUUCUAGAAGCAAGAAACGCGUCGCUGGAGCUGCGCGUCUUUGAACAAGAGAAGCAGCACAACGAAGCGAUGCUGCUGCUGACCCAGACCAUGACGCGCCUCGCGGAACUCGAGAUGAAGAUGCACCAGUCGUCCAGCAAUAGCUUUAGCUCGGUCGAGAACGGCGUCCUGGACUUCCACAACCCAUUCACCGAGCACUUUUCAAGCUCGUAGGAGUAAUUUAUUAGCCGUCAUCGUCGUCGUCCUCUACUAAUCUACCAUGCCAUUCUUCUGUACCCCUGG